AUGGCCACCCCCAAUGUUCUUACUUUUGACGCUGAGGGGAGGGCCAUUGACUUUGCCGUCUGGAUUGAAGACCUGCAGCUGUACUUACUGUGUGAUGCGAUAGAUGAGGUCUCUCUCUUUGACUUUGUCUCUGGCGCUGUCCCUGCCCCGCCUGCUGAUGCUGACUCUGCCGUUCGCUCCAAGUGGGCGACCCGCGAUGCUGCUGCACGUCUUGCUGUGCGUCGCCACCUCCCUUCCUCUGAGCGUGCCCACUUUAGUCAGUGCAAGACCGCUCAGGCCUUGUACGACGCUGUAGUUGCACGCUACUCCUCCCCUUCCUCCGCUACCCUUAGCCGCCUCAUGCUACCGUUUCUCUUCCCUGACCUCGCUUCCUUUCCCACUGUCGCUGACCUCGUUACCCACCUCCGCGCUAGUGACGCUCGCUACCGCGCUGCCCUUCCUGCUGAGUUCCGCGCCGCAAACCCUCCUCCCAUGUAUAUCACUCUCUACUUUCUCGUCACCCGUCUUCCUGAGUCCCUUCGUGUCGUUAGGGACCAGGGUGUUCUCCUUCCCCCCUGCUGCCCUCUGUCGCCUCUGCCGCUACGGCCGACCUCGCUGGUUUUGAGUCGGUCGGCGCGGCGUCUGCCCCCAGCGGCAGACGCCGCUCUGGCAAGGGCAAGGGGGGCAAGGGAGCGGGUGGAGCUAGAGGAGGCGGUGGAGGAGGCGGUGGGGGUGGCGGGGGGAGUGGGGGUGGCGGUGGAGGUGGUGGCGGGAGUGGAGGUACUAGUGGCGGCGGUGGAGGCGGAGGUGGCGGCGGAGGUGGUAGCGGAGGAGGCGGUGGGAGCGGUGGGAGCGACGGUCCUGGUGGGGGAGGUGGCGGUGGAGACGGGGGUGGCGGUGGAGGCGGGGGUGGUGGUGGAGGCGGGGGUCGGAGUGGCUCGUCCCAGCGGAGCAGCUCUGGGGGUGGUCAGCGCAGCAGCAGCAGCAGCAGCAGCAGCAGCAGCAGCCGCAGCAGCAGCAGCGCUCUCGCACCGUCCCCGGCCCUCAGCAGCUCCGUGUGGAGGCGCCCACACAGCCCGUCGCUGCUUUGGCCGCCUGACCGACGCCUGGCGUCAGCAGUUUCCGGAGGCCGCUGAGAUCCCCCGCUGGGGAGAGCUGUCUAGGGCUGGUGUAGCUAUUUAUGAUCUUGACUUUGAUGCUAUUCUCUCUGCUAUGUAUGCUGUGACUGGUACUAGUGAGGCUGCUGCUCUAGGUGCCAGUGCGUCUGUGCUCUCAGGUGCUGGUGAGUCUGCCCUCUCAGGUACUGUGUCGGCUUCGGCCUCUCACACCUUCACCCUUGACUCUGGAGCGUCUCGCUCCUUCUUUAGGGACCGCACCACUCUCACGCCGCUGAGUCGGCCGGUUGCGGUGUCCCUGGCUGACCCCUCUGGGGGGCCUGUCCUGCUCGCUUCUCCACUGUCCUCCCGUGAUGCGGGUGUCCACCAGUUCACCCCUGCUCGUCAGCGGGUGACCCACUGCACGGAGGCGGAUACAGGUCGCCACCUGGCUACGUUUACACGUCGGCCAGGGUCGAGCCUGUACACACUGACCACUGCUUCUCCUCCAGGUGCUGAGUCUGGUAGGGUCCCUUCGUCUGGUCAGGUGUUUGCUGCAGCGUCCAGGUCUGGUCCUGAGUCUGCCCCCUGCUCGUGUCGUCGUCUGUCUCACGAGACCCUCCUCUGGCACCACCGCCUUGGCCACCCCUCUCUGCUUCGGCUCAGAGGCAUGGCCUCGCGAGUCCUUGUGUCUGGUCUUCCCCGGUCUCUCCCUCCCCUUCCUCCGGGCCCUGGCCCCACCUGUGUCCCCUGUGUCGAGGGGCGCCAGCGUGCUGCCCCUCACUCCUCCCAGUUUCCUCCGACAGAGGCCCCGUUGCAGACGCUUCACAUGGACGUGUGGGGCCCAGCCCGCGUCCGUGGACAGGGUCAGGAGCGCUACUUCCUGCUGGUGGUUGACGACUACUCGCGUUACACCACAGUCUUCCCCUUGCGCAGCAAGGGUGAGGUCACUGAGGUGUUGAUCGACUGGAUCCGCGCAGCUCGUCUCCAGCUUCGGAGGAGCUUUGGCUCUGACUUCCCUGUUUUGCGUCUGCACUCGGACAGAGGCGGAGAGUUCUCCUCUGGCCUCCUGAGUGCCUACUGUCGUGUGCGAGGCAUCCGUCAGACCUUCACGCUUCCGGACUCACCGCAGCAGAAUGGGAUUGCUGAGCGCCGCAUUGGCAUGGUCAUGGACGUCGCUCGUACGUCCAUGAUGCAUGCGGCUGCUCCCCAUUUUCUGUGGCCGUUUGCGGUCAGGUACGCUGCGCACCAGAUCAACCUCCACCCCAGGGUCUCUCGACCGGAGACCUCCCCAGCCCUGCUGUGGACGGGGAAGGUUGGCGAUGCGUCGGCGUUCCGGGUCUGGGGAUCUCGGGCGUUUGUUCGCGACCUGUCUGCGGACAAGCUGUCCCCUCGUGCUUCUCCCUGCGUCUUCCUGGGGUUCCCCCCCGACGCCCCUGGGUGGCAGUUUUACCACCCCACCUCUCGACGUGUUCUGUCCUCCCAGGACGUCACGUUCGACGAGUCGGUACCCUACUACCGCCUCUUCCCCUACCGCACUCCGUCCCUCCCCCCACCCCCGCUCUUCUUGGUACCAGGUCCCCCCCCGGUAGUCCCCCUCCCCCCUCAGGGUCCUGCCCCUUCAGGUGUGUCCCAGGUAGACGCGGUCGAGCCUGUCGAGGUCACUGGUGACUCUGGUGCUGCUGCGGGAGCUGAGCCUGGGGGUGCGGAGUCUGGGGGUGCUGAGCCUGGGGGUGCUGAGUCUGGGGGUGCUGAGCCUGGGGGUGCUGAGCCUGGGGGUGCUGUGCCUGGGGGUGCUGAGCCUGGGGGUGCCGAGCCUGGGGGUGCUGUGUCUAGGGGUGCUGAGCCUGGAGGUGCUGUGCCUGGGGGUGCUUCGUCUCGCCGGGAGCCACUCUCCCCACAGGAGCUGCGUGAGUGGUUUGCCGGGCGCUGGAGGCGUGCUGCUGGUGCUGGUGGUUCUUCGGCUGCAGAGGGCACUGCUGCUGCGCGCCCCGCCGGUGCUCGUACUGUGGGUGCUGGAGCUGCUGAGUCUGAGAGUUCUCCUGGAGCUGGUCCUGCUGAGGGUGUUGGCGCUGAGCCUGCCGUUGGCGGUCGACUGACAGUGCUCCUGGUGCUGCGGCUGGAGGUUCUGGAGCUUCUGGUGGUGCUGCUGGAGGUGCUGCUGGAGUGGGUGCUCCUGCCGGGGCUGCUGGUGCUGUUCCUGCUGUUUCUAGCGUCGCCGCGCGGCCCCGACCGUACUUCGUUCCGCUCCUGCAGCAGGUUCUUGCGUCGUGAGCCUGCGUCUCGUCCUGUGUCGCCUGUUCGUACUGAGCGCGCUAGUGGUCGCGGGUCGCGUCAGCGUCCUCCUCCUGUCCCUGGCACGCACCGGAUGUCACUGCGUCCGUCCACUGCUCCUCUGCGUGCCCCUUUGCCUUCUCCUCCUGCUUCCUCUCUUCCUGCUCUUGCCGACCCGGAGUCGGACGCUCUUCGUGCUGCCAGUCCUACUGUCACGCGUCUCCUGGCUACUGCUGUCACUGACCCCUCCUUCGAGUCGUCUGCUGCGUCUGCCCUUGUCACUGAGCUUGUCGACUUUGCUGCGCGCUGUCGUCUAGACUACGCUGCUCGUCUUGUCACUGAGUCUGAGUCCGCCUGUCCUCCGUCCGUCGGGGGUGAGUGUGCCCUUGGCACGGACGUCCUUGAGGACAGGCAGGAGGAGUUCCAGUGUCUGGCCGCCGCUUCACCUCGUCUCGCGUCUGUACUGCUAGCCCCUGAGGGAGACCCGGAUGCACCAGACAUCCCGACUCCGCGCUCUUACGCGGAGGCGAUAGAGGGUCCCUACUCCUCUCAGUGGCAGGCAGCUAUGGAUGCAGAGAUGGCUUCCUGGAAGUCCACAGGCACCUACGUUGACGCUGUUCCCCCUCCUGGGGCGAACAUCGUCAGUGGCAUGUGGAUUUUCAGGGUGAAGCGGCCGCCGGGUUCUCCGCCUGUCUUCAAGGCGCGUUACGUGGCUCGUGGCUUCAGUCAGCGGCAGGGGGUUGACUACUUUCAGACCUUCUCCCCCACCCCGAAGAUGACCACUCUUCGGGUUCUGCUACACGUUGCUGCUCACCGUGACUACGAGCUGCACUCUCUCGACUUCAGCACAGCUUUCUUGCAGGGCAGCCUGCACGAGGAGAUCUGGCUGCGUCGCCCACCUGGCUUCACUGGGUCUUUCCCUCCUGGUACCCAGUGGAGUCUCCGGCGUCCAGUCUACGGUCUCCGCCAGGCGCCACGUGAGUGGCACGACACACUGAGGACUACGCUCGCGGCACUUGGGUUUGCUCCUUCCACUGCCGACCCGUCGCUGUUUCUGCGCACCGACACCUCUCUGCCGCCGUUCUACAUCCUCGUGUACGUCGACGACUUGGUCUUUGCCACAGCUGACACUGCUGGACUCGCCUACGUGAAGUCCGAGCUGCAGAAGAGACACACGUGCACUGACCUGGGUGAACUGCGCAGCUACCUUGGCUUGCAGAUCACCCGGGACAGAGCACGCCGCACCAUUACCCUGACUCAGUCACACAUGGUGCAGCAGGUCCUUCAGCGCUUCGGCUUCACGUACUCCUCGCCUCAGGCCACUCCUCUGCCUACUCGCCACUCGCUCUCAGCUCUGCCUUCGGAUGAGUCCGUAGAGUCGAGUGGCCCGUUUGCAGAGCUUGUUGGCUGCCUCAUGUACCUGAUGACCUGCACACGACCUGACCUCGCAUACCCUCUUAGCAUUCUCGCACGCUUUGUUGCUCCUGGGAGACACCGACCAGAGCACAUGGCUGCAGCGAAGAGGGUGUUGCGCUACUUGUGCAGUACGUCGGGCAUGGGGCUAGUGCUUGGAGGGCGCAGUCCAGUGGUCCUCACUGGGCACGCAGACGCUUCUUGGGCUGACGACCAGGCUACGCAGCGGUCGUCACAGGGUUACACCUUCAGCCUUGGUUCCGGCUCUGUCUCGUGGCGGGCUACCCGCUCGUCUUCUGUUCUCGGCUCCAGUUGUGAGGCUGAGAUCUACGCUGGGGCUAUGGCUGCACAGGAGUUACGCUGGCUCACCUACCUGCUGACCGACCUUGGAGAGCAGCCUCGUUCUCCUCCAGUCCUGUACGUAGACAACAAGGCCAUGCUGGCCUUGUGUCGAGAGCAGCGACUGGAGCACAGAACGAAGCACAUUGCUCUUCGCUACUUUCUUGCUCGUGAGCUACAGCAGCGUGGACAGCUGCGACUUGCGUACGUGGCCUCUGAGGCCAACACUGCUGAUGUCUUCACCAAGGCACUUGCGCCUUGUGAUCAUCAGCGUUGCUGCACGCAGUUGGGUCUUGUGCCUGUCUUGCCUCACUUGCUCUCCUCUUGA